GAACUACUUUAGCUAAGAAGACGUAUAGUGUUAAUCUAGUAGUGAACCAGUAAAUUUCUGACUGUCUCUAAAAUGGCAAAUUGGAAGGAUCAUGAAGAAUCGGAAAUGGGAAAUGUAACCAGGAAGGUUAUGGACGGAAUAGUAUCAGGAUCAGCGAUGCAAACAAGAUUUAAAAGAAUCCCGGAUCGUCAUUUAAAUAUAGAAACAAUAGCCGGUAUACGGGAUAUGAACUUAGGAAGGAUAAGAAAUGGAAAACCUACUGGUAGACCGAUAAUACGCGUUGAUACUGGCCUAAACACAAGGACAAGCCCUCAUAUUAAUAUCGAUCCACGUGGCUAUCCUAGUGCAAAUAAUCCACAUAUUCCAGUGACCGAAGGAUUCGUCAAAAAUAUCAAAGGAUUGAACAACGUCUUGAAAUAUGUUGGUGCUGGGCUAACUGUAGCUGCUGUAGUUGUGGAUGUUUGGAAUAUUGGUUCUGCGUUGAAAAAUGAUAUCGAUACAAGCGAGAAAGCAGACGAAAUAAUCGCAGAUUGCGAAUACAAUAUAGACAAAUUGAAAGAAGCUCUUAAAGUUGAAAAGUCUUCAAAAAUGAGAGAGCAAAUAGAAAAUGCUGUAGAACUAUUGAAGGCAUUUAUUAAAGACGUGAAGCUAUUAAAGAAAAAUAUUCCAGUGAACACUAUUAAAACAAUUGGAUCUGUAGCUGGUGGUUGGAGUGGUGGUGCAUUAGCUGGUGGUGGUGGUGCUUUGGCUGGUACAUAUACUGGAGUUACAGUUGGUUCGUGCUUUGGUCCUGUUGGUGCAGUUGUGGGUGCUCCCGUUGGUGCUGUAAUAGGUGCAGUCACAGGUGGAAUUGGCGGUGGAAUUGUAGGAAGUCAUCUUGGAAAACGUGCAGCAGAGAAAGGGUUAUCUUACAUGCACGAUUGACACAAUUUUCAAUAAUCAAUAAUUAUGGAUUCAGACGUAUUUAUAAAAUUUUCAUGAUGCGUCUGUUGUCAUAACACGUUCUAUUAAUGUUAUGGCAUUUCACUUCAUCAAAUAGUUACCAAAUAUUUAUUUAAACAUAUAAUAUAUCUUGCUGGAUAAUAUAAACUGUAAGCACGAUGAUGAUAGCACGUGACGGAAAAUGUGUAUUAUUCAGAGUUUUAUAUCAAGUUUAUAAAUAAUAUCGUUCAACACAAAGUAAAGUGUAUACAUAAAACAAUAACAACAUAAAUUAUUGACAUUUCUACAACAAAAUAAACUAAAUGCAAUUGGCUUUA